AUGGGUGUCGAGAGAAAGAUUAUUACCCGUGGCACUGGCUCCGGCUCGCCUGCUGCCGGCGACAAGGUCUCCAUUCACUACACCGGCUGGCUGUACGAUGCCAAGAAGUCCAACAAGGGCUUCCAGGGAAAGCAGUUUGACAGCUCCAGAUCUCCUGGCCGUGGCGUCUUCAAUGUCGAGAUUGGCACUGGUCAGGUCAUCAAGGGCUGGGAUGAGGGUGUCAUGCAGAUGACCCUGGGCGAGAAGGCCAUGUUGACCAUCUCUCCGGACUACGGAUACGGCGACAAGGCUGCUGGUAAGAUUCCCGCGGGAUCAACCCUCAUCUUUGAAGUUGAGCUCCUCAAGAUCAACAACAAGGCUGCCUAG